UGCCUUCAGCUCCUCCCCUUUUACUACACAGAUAUUUCCCGACCUCCCUCAGGUCAGCCAAUCAGCGCUUUCGUACGAUUCCUCGCUUUUAGCCAAUCAGCACCAAGCGUUCCCUCCUCGGCCGUACAGACGUCACUGGGCGGGCUGCCCUGACAAGAAUUCUGCGCCAUCUUGCCUCCGUUCAUCGUUGCCAGAGAGGGCUGAGGAGCCGGCGGGGGGGACGAUUCUCUGCACCAUACCCUAAAUUGAACUGAAGAUGCCUAUUGACCGUUUUGAAUAUGGUGUUGAGCCUAGGAAAUUUAGGGGGCGAGGCAAUCGGGGCAGGGGAAAUUUUGUUGGUAGAGCCAUGAAAGGACCGCUUCCACUUGGAAGGGAAAAGUUUCUGAAUAAACCAAUGAAUGGGAUGGUACCAAUGAGACGUGGUAUGGGGAGAAUGCAUCCAUAUAUGGACCCUCGAGGACAUAGGGGUAUGAGAGGACGACCUCCGGGAUUUUUGCCGCCGCCGCCACCACCACUUCAUCCAAGGGAAAUGGGAGAACCCUUUCCACCACCACCUCCCCCGCCACCACCUCCGCUUGCUCCAUUAAGGCGUGGACACCCUCUACCACCACCACCUGGACUGAUGGGAUUUAGAGGGAUGCCACCUCCUCCCCGUGGUAGGGGUAUGUUACCACCUCCACCAAGAGGAAAUUUUUCUCAACCAAGAGGCUUUCCCAAUGGACGCGGUGCUGCAGCACAUCCUCCGCCACCUGGCUGGGGCCAGAGAUGGCCCGCACCGCCAGGUGGCAGACGCUUUUAAAGAGACACACUGUUUACAAUCCAUAGCAGAUUUUAUGUGGCCGGAGAGUGAAACACUUAUUUUUAUUUAAAUUUUUUGGUCCUAUGUUGCCAAAUGAUUUAGUUUGAGUUACGAAAAGAAUGUUUUCCAGCAGCCCUCAUGCAUUAAGUGGCAUAGACAAAACAAAAUGCCAAACUCCAUUACAUAAGACAAAACCAUCUUUCUUUUUGGACUUUUUAUCAAAAACUUAUUCCACAAUAAAGUGAGUGGACAUUUUGGCUGUUGCACAACGGGACAGAACAAGACGGGUCAAGCGUUAACCUUAACUAUAAUUCUAAGUAUCGGGACUUGUGUGCAACGUUUUAAAGAUGGCUCUCAGUGUUAUCCUGUGUUUUCACGCACUCUAUAUCAAAUUAUACUGUCAUACAUUUUUGUAAUGCUAAGUGUUAAAAAUUGUAAACACUAAGAAACUGAAAUGUUGUGAGUACAAAAAGCCGAUCUAGUCUUGUAUACGAAAGCUUGACCUGCUGUAAAGGUUGCGUAGUUGGCAUAAAUGUAAUCUGUAGCAUAUUUAAGUGGUUACGUAAUGCAUAUGUGCAUUUCUCUGCAUUACUUUCAACAAGUGAAAUUUGUUACUAUCCAUUUAACGCUAACAGAUCUGUAUGCUUGUAAAAUCUUAACAAGACUGUAAAUUGCAUCUAAAAGUGUUUUUAUAAUGUGAGCAAAACCUCAUUUACCAAGUGUUAUUGUUUUUAUAAUUGUAAUUUAUUUUAGCAUUACUGUAAAUUCGUAGCUACAAUGGAAAAACUGAUGAAUUUUCUUGGGGAGUGCCCCCCCCCCCCCAUUUCCCCUUAUCUCUAUUAUUCUGCUGAGGGCUGAAUUGAAAAAAGGGGGUUGUCAAGCUGAGGCUUGUACUUGUACUUUAAGUACCUCAAAGCCAACAUGCAAAACACUGAUUUAAAGAAAUCCGUAACCAAUUGUUACAAACACUACAGGAAACUGUUUUAUUUUAUUUUUUAUAUAUAUUUUAUCAGAAAUGUUGCAUUUCAUUAGUUUUGAAGAUAUGUUUACAUUGUAACACUAAGCUAAAUGUAUUCUCCUGCAUUCACAGUAUUUAUUCUAAAUGUUUAAUACAUUUUUUUUUCUUUAAUGUGUCUCCUUUUUUUUAUCCCUCUACAACUGUACAUUUUUACAUGUUUUUGUAGUAUGAGCAAGGCUAUUUAUUAUCUUAAGUAUGUCAGUUAACACUGUUGCAAAUGUAAUCCUUACACCGCUAAAAAGAAAAAAAAAAUGGCACAUUAUACCUGUUCAUAUAUGCAAGCAUCUUCACUACUGUGCAAACAUAUAUGAACGGUAUAGAACACUUUUUUUAGAAUUUUAAAGCAGACACGUACUCUGAAUUAUACAGCACAAGGAAGUUUCAACCUCACUACAUACUCCCGGCUAUACAGGACAGAAGCAUCCAAUAUAUAGAACUUUAAAGAAAGUUUGGUUAAAUUCAUAGCAAAUGCUUAAGUGGGUUGUCCCUCCAAUUUUAAUAUGGUAUAAUAUAGAACUUGCUGAGACAAUAUUACCCAAUACUUUAAAUUUUUUUUCUAUUGCCUUGUUUCAGGUUAUUUGCCUGACUUUUAUGUGUUGUUGUCCUUGGUUAUGUCCCACAACAUUCCUGGGUCAUGCAUGCUCAGUUGAGUUUCGUGUUCCCCAUCCCUGUACUUUCUUAUAGAAAGAUAAAGGUCAUCGAUCAGUUCUUCUGAGCUCCUGAUGAUUUCGUGGGGGUAUGUUCACAUCUUAUUUAUUUUUUUUCACAGCAUGUGGAUGAGAUUUCUACAAAUCUAAUCCAUGUGCUGAGGAAAAAAAUAUGCACAAAAUCCGCACAUAAAUUGACCUACAGUGGCAGACUUGAAACCUGCAGCAAUUGAAUUGACUUCAAUGAGAAUAUUAAAAUCUGCAGUAUAUGUUCCAGUUCCACAGCAAAAUCUGCAACUGUAGAUUUCAGAUACAGAUGUGAACAAGAUUGCUUGUACCCUUCUGUUUAAAAACGGCAAAGCCCACAAUAGCUUGAAACUGACAAAAGUAAUGAACAAAAAUCUACCGGAAAUUAGCAUUGUGGGUUUUUCUGCCUUUAAUAAAAGGGUAUCAGCAAUUUUGUCCAGGUCUUUAGAUUGGUUUAGUAACAAUCAACAACUACAAAUCUGCCCCCAAAAACGAAAUCAGUAGCAUUUGCUUUUCUUAUGCAGAUUUACCUCAAUGUGUCCAACCUGUGUAAACAUUCUGUCUGCCUCUAAAUUAUUAAAACAUUGUCUGCCUGGGGUAACUCCAUACAAUGUAUACACAAUAGUAACAGUAUGCUCCUAAAUUCCCCCUAAUGGUGGUAAAAGACAAAUUGCUUCAGCUCACGAAUGAGGAUGCCGGCCUGUAGGGAUCAAGUGCAUGACACAGACAUUUAUACUACAAAGGGAAAAAAAUGGAAGAUUUAGGACAAGUUUUGUAAAGAAGUUGCUGCAGCAGCCAACCAGACACCUGCUCAGAAUUGUACAUUUAUAAGUCCUGUCCAUAGAAUAGGUUUCUCAUGUCUUAUAUUCUCACAGAGUUACAAGUAUAUAAGAACAUAUCUAAAUGUUACUGAACUGUCAAACUUGAAAGUGAUGCUAUUAUUGUUGCUAUUAUUGUUACC